AUGGCUAAAGAUACAUAUCUUAAAAAAGUAUUAGGUGAAGACAAUCUUAACAAAUUAAAAGAUUCCAAAAUUUUAUUAGUUGGAGCUGGUGGAAUUGGUUGUGAAUUAUUGAAAAAUUUGGUAUUAACAGGUUAUGGAGAAAUUCAUAUAGUUGACCUCGACACAAUAACAUUAUCAAACCUAAAUCGUCAAUUCUUGUUUAGGAAACUAGACAUAGAUAAAUCAAAAGCAUUCACAAUAGCAAAAGCGGCAGAACGUUUCAAUUAUCUUGGUGCUAAGUUAAUUCCAUAUCAUGGUAAUAUCAUGGAUACAAAACUAUUUCCUAUUUCAUGGUGGAGUCAGUUUUCAUAUAUUCAUAACGCAUUAGAUAACGUAGAAGCAAGACAAUAUCUUAACAAAAUGUCAUUAUUUUUAAAAAAACCAUGGGUUAAUUCUGGAACUCAGGGGUUUGAAGGUCAAGUUCAUGCCAUAUAUCCAUUUUAUUCUGAAUGUUAUGAUUGUUUACCGAGAGAUAAAGCACCUACUACUUAUCCUGUUUGUACGAUUAGAUCAACUCCACUGGAACCCAUUCAUUGUAUUACUUGGGGUAAGGAAUUUUUAUAUUUACAGUUGUUUGAUGAGAAUGAAGUUUUUGAAUUGAAUGAUAUGGAUCAAAUUAAAAAUGAAACUGAUGAUAAAGAUGAGAUUGAAAAUUUGAAAGAGGAAGUUAAUGAAUUAAGUGAAUUAAAGAAUAAGAUUAUAAAUGAAGAUAACUUUAAUGUUGUGUUUGAUCUGUUUAUGAAUAAGAUAUUUAAUGAUGAUAUUGAAAGAUUAUUACGUAUUGAAUCACUAUGGAAAAUAAGAGAGAAACCAACUCCAUUAAAACUUGAUUCUUAUUCUACACAACUAACUGCAUUAAUUAAAGAAAAUAAAAAAUCAAUUGUGUUGAAUGAGACUGGGGUAUGGUCAGUUCUUGAUAACAUUUACAUAUUAUAUCAAUCAACCAAAAGUUUAAGAGAUAGAAUUAGAUCAGGGAAGGAAAGUUUCAUCUCAUUCGAUAAAGAUGAUGAAGAUACUUUAAAUUUCGUAGCUUCUGCAUCAAAUUUAAGAUCAUUUAUAUUUAAUAUUGAAAUGAAAUCUAAAUUUAUAAUUAAAGAAUUGGCAGGUAAUAUAGUCCCAGCAAUUGCUACUUCAAAUGCAAUUAUCUCGGGUCUUCAAUGUCAAAGUGGAAUAAGACAUUAUCAAAAAACAAAAGACCUCUUCAAUUCCGACUUUUCAGAAAGACUCACUGACACCAAAUAUUCAUUCUCCAAACAUAUAUUUAGUAAAUUGUUAUCAUUUUCAAGUAUUCAUGCAGCAAGGAUUGAAUGUCACACAUGUAGAAAAGCAAGAGGGAUAUUAAAAAUUGGAGAAUCACAAUACCACAAAUUAACACUACAAUGGUUCAUUGACAAAUUACAAGAAAAUUAUGGAUUUGAUUCUGAAUUUAUUUCAAUAGAAAUUGGAAAUUCUAAAUUGAUUUAUGAUGUUGAUUUUGAUGAUUAUUUAAAUACUACACUAGAUAAGGUUCCAAAUUUUAAAAAUAAUGAUACGAUAUUGAUCUUAGAUGAUUCUGAUAACCUCGAAAAUCUUGAAUUUUAUUUAUUAAUUGAUAAUGAAGAAAAGGAUAUUAUCGAAUUUCCUAAAUUGAAAUUAAGAAUUAAAUAUAUACCACCUGUUGAACCAGAAGAGGAAUUUCAAUUAGCUAAACCUGGAGAAUAUAAAAAACAUGAAGAGGUUGAAGUUUGUGAUGAUGAUGAUGGUGUUAUUGAAAUAUUAGAUGAAAGUGAAGAAGAACAAGAACAAGAGAUUGAAACUAAAAAGCAUAAAUUAGAUGAUGAUGUUAUAAAUCUUGAUUCGGAAGAAGAAGAAGAAGAAGAAGAAGAAGCACCAACUAAAAAGAGAAAACUUGAAUAG